AUGGUAGACAUAAAUUCUUCAUCAUUAUUUCAAAGUAAUUUAAGUACAAUAUUACAUUGGCCAUUAGCACGUAAAAUCGAAUUACUUUCAUCAUUUUCUCAAUGUUCAACACCAUUAUGUCUUUGUGCGGGAUGGAUAAAACCAAAUGAAUCAACAAUAAAUAAUUUAACAACAAAUGAUGAUACAAUAAUAACACGUAAACCAUUACUUUGUUCUUCAUGUCAACAUUCAUUUGAUGUACAUUAUAAUGAAAAAACGAAAGCGAAAUAUUGGUCAUCAGAAUCAACAUUAGAACAAGUUGAUUCAGCUAUACAAACAUUGCUUGAUGCUGAUUUAUUAAUACGUUUUGCUACAUCAUCAUCAUUAUCUGAUCAACAUGAUUUAUCAACGAAUCGUACACUUUUAUUUAUUGCACAAACAUUACAAUCAACAAUAACAACAAUGGCAAUACAUUCAACACGACGAGAUUUAAUUAAUACAAAUAUGAUUAAUUUAUUAGGUAUGUGUCCAUUUGAGCAACCAUGUAUACGUGAUGCUGUGAUUAAUUUUAUUUGUUCAACUCCACCAACAUUUGCAUCAACAGCAACAAAUGAUAAUCAACAAUUACAUGUUAUUUUUGAAGCUGGUAAACAAUUUUUAAAUUUAUUAAAUACUUGGAAAAUGCCAUCAAAUGUUGCUCAUCAACUAUGGCUACAACAAGAAUCAUCUACACAAACAAAUACAAAAAAGACUAGUAAUUAUGAAUUAUGGUAUGCUCGUUGGGUUGGUUAUUGUAUUGUUCCACAAUUAUGUCCAAAAUCUUUAACAAAAUAUGAUCCAAUAACAAUAUUUGGUCUUGAAUAUCUUUUAAUUAUUUUUGAUCAUUUUAAAUCAGAUAUGCUUUCAACACGUUCACUAACAUCAUCACUUAUCCGUUUUUUUGAUACAUUUCAACAAACAUUAACUGAAUCAGAUUCAUCAUGUUGGUCAUCAUCUUAUGAACGACCAGUUAUACCAAUGCUUGAAGCAAAUAUUGAAACAUUAUUAGCUGAUGAUCAAUCCAAUACACAAACAAAUUCAUUAAAUGAAACAACAGAAAAGAAAAUAACAAGACGUGUAUCAAAAGCAUUAACAAAUAAAAAACAACUUAAAAGACUUGAACCAUCUCGAAUGAUUGUAUCAUCAUCAGCAGCAUCAUCGUCAUCAUCAUCAUCCUCAUCCUCUCAUACUCAACAGCAACAACAACAACAACAGCAAACACAACAAAAUACAUCACCAUUACCAGGUAGUGAAUUUAUCAAUCGUGUUUGGUCAUCUGUAUGUGAACGUCAUGAACAACGUUUACGUGCUGAAAUUGAAAAAACUUUAUUUAAAGCAAAUCCAAAACGUGAUGAAGUAGCCCGUCUUGCUGAACAACGAGGUUUUGCAGAAUUUCAUCUUAUUAAACAUGAUUUAAGUAAACAUGGAGCUGAAGAAACAGAUGUUAUGUAUAAAAGAUUAUUACAAUUAAUUAAUGUUUUUUCACGUGCUCUACCUAAAAUGCCACAAAAUUAUAUAGCACGAACGGUACUUGAUCCAAGGCAUCAAUCACUUAUUAUUAUUUUUGCUUCGAAAGUUAUUGGUGGAAUUUGUUUUCGAAUGUUUCCACAUCGAAAUUUUUCCGAAAUUGUCUUUUGUGCUGUAAGUGAAUAUCAACAAGUACGUGGUUAUGGUACUCAUCUAAUGAAUCAUUUAAAAGAUUAUCAUAUUCGAUUAAAUAUAACAAAUUUAUUAACAUAUGCCGAUGGUUUUGCUGUUGGUUAUUUUAAAAAACAAGGUUUUUCAUCAACAAUAACAUUAAAUGAACAAGUUUAUACAGGUUAUAUAAAAGAUUAUGAUGGAGCAACGCUAAUGCAAUGUUCACUUUAUACACAAGUAACAUAUACACGUUUAACAGAAACUUUAUCAUUAAUAAAAGAAAGUAUAAAUGUUAUUCGUACACAUCGUUAUAAUCAAAUAAAACAAGCACAUCCUGAUGCAAAAUUUCUUCCCAAUGAUAUUCAAACAACAGAUUUAAAUAAUUAUGAUGAUUUAAUUAAUUUUGAUCAUAAUGAAAUGAAUUCCAAUGAUGAUUCAGUUGAUAUUAAUUUAUUAUAUAUAACAUUAAAAAGUGUUUAUCAAGAAAUUCGUUCACAUCCUUAUGCUAGUCAUGUACAAAAACGAACUCUUUUUCAAGAUUAUUUAUCUUCACCACCAUUAUUUCCUAUUGAUCUUGAUACAAUACAUGAACGAUUAAAAACAAAAUAUUAUCAUAAUGCAUAUACAUUUACAGCUGAUAUAAGUCGACUUUUAGAUAUUGCUGUACGAGCGUAUUCAAAUCAGAAAAAAGAUCAUACAAAUGAAAUACGCGCAUUUGAUACAUUUGUAAGACGAAAAAUGAACGAAUUUGGUUUAGAAAUUGGUCAUGCACAACAAAUCUAUGAAUAA